CUACCUACCUAGGUAGGUAUCUACCUACUAACGCCUAUUUUAAUUUACGCGUCUUUUCCUGCCAAAGACGCGUCUGCUCUUUUACUCUUCGAGAUAUUUCAGCCACAAGAACAGUUAAUAAUAGAAGGGGGAUCAGUGCAAGGACACGAAGCUUUAUCUUCGAAUGAUUCCUGAAGAACAAAUUGCACCAUGGCACCACAAAAGCGGCAUGAAGAAUUACAAUAUCUAGACCUAGUCAAGGAAAUUUUGACUACCGGCGAACACCGGCCAGACAGGACCGGAACCGGAACUUACUCUAUCUUUGCACCGGCACCACUCAAAUUCUCCCUCAAUGAGAAUGGCCAGCCAAUUCUACCCCUGCUCACAACGAAACGAGUAUUUCUAAAAGCUGUUAUUGCCGAGCUUCUUUGGUUUAUCGAAGGGAAUACCUCGUCCACAGCGCUGUCGGAGGCUGGGAUCAAGAUCUGGGAUGGCAAUGGGUCACGGGAAUAUUUGGACAGUAUUGGUCUGUCACACCGUGAAGUCGGUGAUCUUGGUCCAGUCUAUGGGUUUCAGUGGCGACACUUUGGCGCCGAAUACGUUGAUGCGAAGACCGACUAUGCAGGCAAGGGAGUUGAUCAGCUUGCCGAGGUCAUACAUAAGCUGCAGACCAACCCUUAUGACCGUCGCAUUAUCCUCAGCGCCUGGAAUCCGGCCGAUAUGAAGAAGAUGGCGCUUCCUCCGUGCCACAUGUUUGCGCAGUUCUAUGUUUCAUAUCCACGCACCGACACGAGCGAAAUGCAGGAAAAUGGGGAGGAGAGCCACAAGAAACAGGGGCAUCUGCAUUGUCAGCUGUACCAGCGGUCCUGCGACAUGGGUCUCGGCGUGCCGUUCAACAUUGCCAGCUACGCGUUGCUCACCCAUAUGAUUGCGCAUGUCUGCGAGCUGAUCCCCGGCAGUUUGACUCACGUCAUGGGCGACGCACACGUAUACUGCGACCAUGUCGAUGCGCUGAAGAUCCAGCUUGAGCGUGAGCCACGGCUAUUCCCGACGCUAGAGAUUGCGAGGGAGAAAGGCGGUAGUAUCGACGGGUGGAAGAUUGAGGACUUCAUUAUCAAGGACUAUAACCCACACAAGAUGAUUGCGAUGAAGAUGUCGGUUUGAGAUCAGGUAUCUCUAGAUAUACUUCUUAGACUCACUCACGCGAAUGUGCCACGCUAGGUGUGGCUGUGACGUAUAAGUAUGAUGUACGAAUGGAUACGACGGGAUGGAUAAGACAAGGGAUGGAAUCUCAAGUGCAUGGGCCGGUUAUCAUCAUUGAGAUCACUACCAUUCAUGUUGGACUGGCCAUCAGUAUUGAGAUUGGACCCAAAUAUAAAAUAACUAACUAAUCACCACUUAGGAGCUUGGACCAUGGAAUUACUAGAGCCCCUCGAGUACAUAACUUGUUUGCUAGACGAGAGAAUGAAGCAAAGAGCCUGUUACCCUCCCAUCUGCAGUUACGGUAGGUAUCAUAUACUGUUAUAAGCCCGAUGACCGUGCGUAUAUGUUUGUUGCUGUAGUAUUCUCACUCAAAAGAAAGAUAGGAUAGAUAGAGAGAGAGAGAUCGAAAAAAAAAGCAGUUGUUACCUCGGUAGGUUCCAAGUUAGAUACUAGAUACCUAACCUAAGGAAUUAGGUAUUAUCACAUUAUUACAUG